AACUGUUUAGAUUAUGAUAAGGAUGUUGUUUUCUUGCGUGAUGAAUUCUUUUGCAAGGAACUAAUUCAUGCCUUUGAUUUGGAAACAACAUUCCUGCAGAAUUUCAAUCCAGACGUAAUAAACAAUGAUAUGAUGAGCCGUGGUGGAACCCCAUUUGAUCGAGCCUAUAUGAACGUGAGCGUCUACAUCCAGGGCAAUGAUCCAACACCUUUAGGAGUCAUUUGUCUGAUGGAUGUGAGUAAUGAUACACCGCUACGAUACGAAUCAGAUGAAGAAAUAAGCAACCGAAUUUGGAAGAUGGUAAACGACAUAACAAAAUUCCAAAAGGUCAAUCCAAAAACUGUCAAGGCUAUGGUAAACUUUACCGGAAAAACCUAUCGUGAAAUGAUCAAAGAUGAACAUAUGGUAAUCCAUCAACUAAUCGAUGAGAUGGAUGAACCAGUAAAAUUUCCAAUAACUGUGAUCAGAGUUGAAGGAGAAUGUGACUUCUAUCGUGCAUUUGCCAAAAUGCAAUAUAACAUUUGCCCACACGUAAUGAUCGGUCAUAAUUCUAAUGGGUUUGAUAUGCCAUUUAUCAUGCGAAGAUUGGAGUAUCUUGGUGCGGAAAUGAUGGAAGAAUUCUACCAGAUCGCAACUGGAAAAAGGAUGAGUUACGGUGAGAUGUUCAAGUAUAAGGUAAUUCGUAGCGAAAAUAUUACGAUCGCUCAAAGUGAGAAUAGUGAUGAUUUUAUUUAUAUUAAGUUCGAUGGUACUCUGUUCUGGGACUCGAUGACCAUAUUUCGACGUGACUUCCCUGGUAAACAAAGCAGUCUGAACUACAUGUUGGACACAUUAGAGAUCCCAUCAAAGGUUGGAUUGAGUUACAAACGCAUCAGCGAGAUAGUUCAAUUGGCCAUCAGAAAUCACGAGAUCGAAAACCAAAUCUCAAAACUAGAUUCAAAUUCGAUCGAUUUCCAAGAUUGCAAAGAGCAACUUGAAAAUAAGAAAAGAGAUCUUUUUCAAAAUGAGACCGAAUUGGAAAAAUUAUGUACGGAUAUUCUUGAGUACUGUUUUUACGAUUCUUGGGCCGUUCUGUUAAGCAUAGUAAAGAUGCAAAAAUUAGUAUCGUAUCGUUUGGAUGGUAUGAUAUACAAUUGUGAGUACGCGCAGCCAUUCCGUGGUGGGAAGACAAGCAUGUUGAACUGCCUGAUAGCGAAAAACUAUAACAAGAGUUGUUAUGAUAAACCGGUAUCCUACGGGAUCAAGGAAAAGAAAGAAAAAUUCCAGGGUGCCAAUGUGUUGGAUCCUCAAACUGGCUACUACAUGGAUCCAGUAUAUACUAUAGAUUUUUCCGGAUUGUACCCAUCGAUCAUGCGUGAAUACAACAUGGGUCCAGACACCCUUCGAUACGAAAAACCAAAUGAAAAACAUUAUACCAUCCCAUUGGUUGAUAAUAAUACGGGUGUGGAACAAGAAGUGUAUUUCAUUCAUGAAGAAGUGCAAGAAAGCAUCUUGCGCAAUAUACUUACCGAUCUGAUCAAGAAAAGGAAAGAGAGCAAGAAAGAGCGAGACAAAUAUGCAGGUGUUGAUGACAUCAUGUACGGUAUCCUCGAGCAGAAACAACUUGCGUACAAAUCAUCAGCAAAUGCUUUGUAUGGUGGACUUGGUUCUGAAUAUCUCGGCAUCACCACUCCAAUGAUAUCUCA